AUUCCGGGUGGAGAGAGUGAGAAAAGCGACAGACAGAAGAGAUUUCAGGCCGGAGACUGACUAUAUUUACAGCAGAAAAUACGAGCUGUAUGUCCAAACCAGCUGUGGACCCUACACAGGAUAUGGGCUCUCCAGGGCAGAUCCCGGGACAAGACAUGGAGCUCUAAACUAGUCCUCUCCAUCCAUCUCCAUUUGCUGUCUGGCAAGCAGCUCGCCAAAACCACCUCUUCUACCCCUGCUAUAGCGGUUUGGCUCAGAGUCCUUUAGGAGAAGAAGAGGGAAAAAAAAACAAGUGGGAGGGAAUAGUAAACUUUCCCCAGCUGCUGUCCAGACUCGCACAUGCUGCAUUGCUGCCAUUACCCAGGCCGUGCUCCAUCCAUCCCUAGGGCAUGUCCACUAGCUUGCUAGCUAGCUAGCACUUGGCACAAAGACAAGGUCUGUCCUCAGGGAUAAAAAUACAAGCAGACUGGUACAUUUGCCUCCAUUUUUUUCUUCCAUUCAGGGUCACCUAGCCAAACACCCAUUAAUUGGGGCUGCUUUUGUUUAGCUGUCAACCCACUGCUUUGAGCAGUGGAGGAUUGCUAGUAGCCAGCCAGUCAGUCAUUCAGCCAGGCCAACUGAGGAAGCCAGAGGGGUGGGUUAUCAGAGGCCAGGAUAAUGGAGCCCAGCAUGGAGAACUGCUUGGCCCAGGUCCUGCAGAAGGACAUGGGCCGCCGGUUGCAGGUAGGGCAGGAGAUCAUUGAUUACAUUUUGGACAAGGAGAAGUCCCACGACCUGGAGCAGGAUCAAACAGCUCUGGACAAGAUGGUGGACGGCAUCGCCAGCUCCUGGGUCAACUCUAGCAACUUCAAGGUCGCUCUGCUCGGCUUGGACCUCUUAUCUGCCUUAGUGACAAGGUUACAGGAGCGAUUUAGGGCCCAGGUGGGAACAGUUCUGCCCAGCCUUAUUGAUCGAUUGGGAGAUUCUAAAGACCAGGUGCGAGAACAAGACCAAACAGUGCUGCUAAAGAUCAUGGAACAAGCUGCCAGCCCGCAGUAUGUGUGGGACAGAAUGCUGGGAGGCUUCAAACAUAAGAACAACAGGACCAGAGAAGGAGUGUGCCUUUGUCUCAUUGCCACGCUGAGCACAUACGGAGCUCAAGGCCUGACCCUCAGUAAAAUUGUUCCUCACAUAUGUAACCUCUUGGGGGACCCCACAAGUCAGGUACGUGAUGGGGCCAUGAGCUGUUUGGUAGAGAUCUACAGGCAUGUGGGUGAAAGGGUGAGGAUGGAUCUCAGCAAAAAGGGCCUGCCACAAUCACGGUUGAAUGUAAUCUUCAGCAAAUUUGAUGAAGUCCAAAGAUCAGGGAACAUGAUCUCGUCCUCUGGCUCAGAUAAGAACUUUGAGGAUGAAGACUCUGUGGAUGGAGGCCGGUCCUCCUCUUCAUCAUCCAAAGCACCCCCCAGUGGCAGGAGGACUGUGGUGAGUUCUGUCAGGAGACCCAGCUCAGCCACCACAGCCAAGCCAACAGGUAAAGAGGCAGCUGCUGGUGCUGUUGAUGAAGAGGAUUUCAUCAAAUCCUUUGAAGAUGUGCCCUCAGUCCAGAUCUACUCUAACAGAGAGCUGGAGGACCAGCUGACCAAGAUCAGAGAAGUGCUGUCUGAUGAGAAACAUGACUGGGAGCACCGAGUGGUAGCGCUGAAAAAGGUCCGUUCUCUCAUGCUGGCCGGGGCCACUGAGUACGAGAGUUUCCCUCAGCAGCUGCGUCUCCUGGAGGCCCCCCUUAAGCUGUCAGCUAAAGACCUGCGCUCACAGGUGGUCCGCGAGGCCUGCAUUACAUUGGGACAUUUGUCAUCAAUACUGGGGAACAAGUUUGACCAUGGAGCGGAGAGCCUCAUGCCCGCACUGCUGAACCUUGUACCCAACAGUGCCAAAGUCAUGGCCACAUCUGGAGUGGCCUGCAUCCGCCUCAUCCUCAGGCGGACACACUACCCAAGACUCAUCCCCAUCAUCACCAGUAACUGCACCUCCAAAUCAGUCGCAGUCAGAAGACGCUGUUAUGAGUUCCUAGACCUCAUGUUACAAGAGUGGCACACUAAUACACUGGAAAGACAUGUGGCUGUUUUGACUGAGACCAUCAAGAAAGGCAUACAUGAUGCCGAUUCUGAGGCCAGAUCCAUUGCAAGAAAGUGCUAUUGGGGUUUCCAUGGUCAUUACAGCAGGGAGGCAGAGCAUCUGUUCCAGGCAUUGGAGUCCACCUAUCAGAAGGCCCUCCAGUCUCACCUGAAGAGCUCCGACAGCAUCGUGUCUCUUCCCCAGUCUGACCGCUCCUCAUCGUCUUCCCAGGAGAGUCUAAACCGGCCAUUGUCUGUGAAGAGUGUCAUUGGAGGGAGCAUAACAAGGAGUAAGCUAGUGAGCACCAGGGUGUCUUCUACACCGGGUUCUCUUCAGCGUUCCCGUAGUGACAUCGAUGUUAAUGCUGCCUCCAGCGCAAAGUCCCGUCUGUCCACCGUCCCUGCCUCCUCACCAUUCAGCUCUGCAGCUGCUCUACCUCCAGGGUCCUACGCAUCGUUAGAUGGCACUCCUGGUAAAAGCGAUGGUCGUGUUCGUACCAGGAGACAAAGCUCAGGCAGUGUGGGCGGAGCCAGUAGCUCAGUGGUGGACAGUAGGGGGCGCAGCCGGGCCAAAGUUGUCUCUCAGUCCCAGCGAUCCAGAUCAGCCAAUCCCAUCAAUGCUGGCAGUCGCUCCAGUUCCCCAGGCAAGCUGCUUGGCCACGGCAGCUACGGCCGGAUCCCUCGAGCCACGGUGUCCGCUGCCACCACGCCAGCAGACAAGCGCAGCAGGAUCCCUCGCAGCCAGGGCUGCAGCCGCGAGACCAGCCCCAGCCGACUGGGCCUCGCCAGCCUGUGUGGUAAAGCUCUUCUUCCUGCUGCUCUUCCCUACCGCACGCUAGGCCGGAGCCGCAUUCCCCGUCCCAGCAUGAGUCAGGGCUGCAGUCGCGACACCAGUCGCGAGAGCAGCCGCGACACCAGCCCCGCUCGGGGCUUCACUCCUCUGGCCUCCCGACGUCACUCCCGUUCAACCAGCGCUCUCUCCACAGCCGACCCCCACAGCCAGUCAGACCGAUAUGGUUUGAUCCACCAAGCAAGGAUCUCUGCAUCAGUCAACGCCAUGAGGGUCCUUAACACCGGCACUGAGGUGGAGGCUGCAGUUGCUGAUGCUCUGCUAUUAGGAGACUCCAGAAACAAGAGGAAGCCGUUGAGGCGGAGGUACGAAUCACCAGGGAUGUACUCUGAUGACGACGCCAAUAGUGAUGCGUCCAGUGCCUGCUCAGAGCGCUCAUAUAGCUCGAGGAACGGUGGUAUCCCUCAUUACCUGCGGCAAACUGAGGACGUGGCAGAGGUCCUGAACCACUGCGCCAGCUCCAACUGGUCUGAGAGGAAGGAGGGCCUGCUGGGCCUGCAGAAUCUCCUCAAGAGCCAGCGAAUACUGAGCCGAGUGGAGCUGAAGAGACUUUGUGAGAUCUUCACAAGGAUGUUUGCAGAUCCACAUAGCAAGAGAGUGUUCAGCAUGUUCCUGGAGACCCUUGUGGACUUCAUCACAGUACACAGGGAGGACCUGCAGGACUGGCUCUUUGUCCUGCUCACUCAGCUGCUGAAGAAGAUGGGGGCAGACCUGCUGGGCUCAGUCCAGGCCAAAGUCCAGAAGGCCCUGGAUAUCACAAGGGAGUCGUUCCCAUUUGACCAACAGUUUAACAUUCUGAUGAGGUUCAUCGUCGAUCAGACUCAGACACCUAAUCUAAAGGUUAAGGUGGCCAUUCUGAAGUACAUUGAGUCCUUGGCUCGGCAGAUGGACCCGACAGACUUUGUCAACUCCAGCGAGACGCGCCUGGCAGUGUCCCGCAUCAUCACCUGGACCACGGAGCCCAAAAGUUCAGAUGUCAGGAAGGCGGCCCAGGUGGUGCUCAUCGCUUUGUUUGAGCUCAACACCCCAGAGUUCACCAUGUUGCUGGGAGCUCUCCCCAAAACCUUCCAGGAUGGAGCCACCAAACUGCUGCACAACCACCUGAAGAACUCCAGCAAUACCAGCAGCAGUGUGGGGUCUCCAAGCAACACAGUUGUCCGAACGCCGGCACGCCACACUCCCAGCAGAACCAGCCCCCUCACCUCUCCAACUAACUGUUCUCACGGAGGACUGUCUCCAAGCAUGAUGGAGUAUGACACUGAGAACAUGAACUCGGAAGAGAUCUACAGCUCGCUGCGCGGAGUCACCGAGGCCAUCCAGAGUUACAGCUACCGAAGCCAGGAGGACCUGAAUGAGCCAAUCAGACAGGAGGGCAAGAGAGAUGAUGCUACAGGAAGAGAGGGCGUAGCAUCCACUCCUGGCUCUGAUGCCCGUCUGGGCUUGGACAUGGUGGAAGGGGGUCGCACCGCGUUAGACAACAAGACCUCAUUACUCAACACGCCAUCACCCCGCUCAUUCUCUGGGCCCCGGGGCCGCGAGUUUGCUCCUUAUGGCUACGGAGAAACCAUCUGUACGUAUGAUAAGAGCGCCCUGAAGGAGGCCGUCUUUGACGAUGAUGUGGAGCAGUUCCGCGACUGUGGUCAUGACCACUCAGAUAUGGUAGCUGACUUGCUUAAGGAACUGUCCAAUCACAACGAGCGAUCUGAGGAGCGUAAAGGUGCCCUAGUGGAGCUGCUGAAGAUCACACGAGAAGACAACCGGGCUGUGUGGGAUGAACACUUUAAAACCAUCCUCCUCCUCCUGCUGGAGACUCUGGGUGAUAAAGAUCACACCAUCCGAGCCCUGGCCCUGCGUUUGCUGAAAGAGAUUCUGAGGAACCAGCCGGCCCGCUUUAAGAACUAUGCUGAGCUGACCAUUAUGAAGACUCUGGAGGCUCACAAAGACUCUCACAAGGAGGUGGUUCGUGCAGCAGAGGAGGCAGCAUCCACCUUGGCUGGCUCCAUCCACCCAGAGCAGUGCAUCAAGGUGCUUUGCCCUAUUGUGCAGACAGCCGACUACCCAAUCAACCUGGCUGCUAUCAAGAUGCAAACCAAAGUCAUUGAACGCAUCGCCAAGGACUCCUUACUGCUGCUGCUGCCUGACAUCAUCCCUGGACUCCUACAGGGCUAUGACAACACAGAGAGCAGCGUCCGCAAGGCCAGCGUGUUCUGUCUGGUGGCUAUCUACUCUGUGAUUGGCGAGGAUCUCAAACCCCACCUGGCACAGCUCACGGGCAGCAAGAUGAAAUUACUGAACCUGUACAUCAAGCGAGCCCAGACGACCAACAGCAAUAGCAGCAGUUCCUCUGACGUCUCCUCUCACAGUUAAUGGAGGGAGGUUUCAUUCAGAAACCUUAUGGAAGGACAACGUUGGAGCAACUCCAGGGCAAAGCAGUGCUUCUGUCACACUUCUCCAUCUCUGAGCUUCCCCUCAUCAUAACUCUAGCUCCACUUCGCUUUUCUCCUAUCUACAGUAGAUCUUGUCAGCAACCUAUUUGCAUUUUGUCGUGUGCCCCCCCCCCAAAACACUUUUGCUCUACAAACUUUUGAAUGUAACUGUGGAUUGGGUUUAAACUGGAGGGGAGGGAAUCAACACACAUUUGGAUUUUUGGAUAUAAAUGCACUUUCUCUUCCUCCUUGGUUCCCACAACCUCCAUACCGCCUUCUGUCUCUGGAUCCAGUUUGUCCUUUGGCCCUGAAAUUUGGUAGAGUUCAUGCAUUAUGCUGUGAAAUAUUCAUGAUCAGAGUGGAGAAGUUUUUGCUAGAUCGAAUACAGUUUUGAAUGAAAUGUCAUUUGGCUGGCCCAGUGAUGGUAAUAAGCCCAUAUAUUUAGGGUUGAAUUCUGGUUUGGGGAGCAUUAAAACCAAAUAUUGUAAGGAAAAAAUAAAGAAAUGUUUAAGGGAACAAUGUCACGGAAAAAAGAAAGUAUUGUAUGAGUAUUUUUAGUUCUAUUUAAAGUUUAUUGAUCAUAAUUGUGGCACACAGAAGCCUGCGUUUCGGUUCUAGUCUUUUUUUAUUGCUAAUAGUAAUUAAAAAUGGCUUAAUCAAUUGAAUCCCCCUUUCAUGAAAAUGUUGUUGCACUCAAUGAGGUAACACAUUGCCAAAAGAAAACUUUUCAGCUCCAAAAUUGACAAUCCUUCAAAAUUUGUGCAGAUCUUUAUUUUGAGGUACAAGAAGAUGAAAUGCUGUUAAACUGCACAAUUAAAAUUUUCAGAGUUUUUAUUGAAAUUCACAAUCAGGAGACAGUAGACAUUGAGCCUAUGAAAAGAUGUGUUGCCUGUAUUUUGUCACUGAACUUUCUGCGUUAAGAUUGUAAGCAGUGCUUUUUGUUCAACAUGCUUUCACAAACGGUUGCCUAUUGGUUGCCAAUCUAUGGCAUCUUACCUGUAAAUCUCCUCAGUCGAAUGACUCUGUUUGAAGAGGAAGUCCUUUGUAAAUACUGCAGAUGUUUUCCCUGCUUGGAGUCGGGAGAGAGAUGAGAGACUGUCAAAGACAUUACCAGGCCUUAUUCACUUCACACACUGGUGUAAGUUGACUGGGACUGCAGAGAAUGAAUGGGAUGUACAGCACUGUAACUCUAGGCUUUCAAAAAAAUGUGAAUCUGCAGGAAAACCCUCGCCGUGAUGUUGACCCGUGAUGAAGCAAAUCCAGUAUUAGUUGUUUUACUCUCUUCAGUUCCCCUUAACUGCAGCUUCUGCAAUAACCAUAAAUCCACACAAAAAAGGUAUUUUGUACAUACACUUUCUGACCAUUGCAUCGCAAAGUUUUACAUUCAGUAGGGGGGAAACAAAUUGAACACUAUCUCGCUUUAUGCACAUUAGAAAAAUAGCUUGCAUGUAACCUGCAGCACAUGCCAACUUGUUGUUUUAAAGGGCCCAGGUUUUUGGCUGUUAAAGUGCACUUGUGACAUCAUCAUAUUACCCAUUUCUGAUUUAAUGUUUGAGGAGAGGGGGUAGUCACAGAAGCCACACUUGUAUGUAAAAGGUACAAAAUUGAACAACUUUUCCAAAACCAUGUGUUUGGUAUAUUUAAGAUGGUAGAAGUAUGCAGAGAUCAUACCUCUGGGCACGGCUGUAUUUUUUUAUUUUUUUUAUUUCAGUGUUACUUUUGGGGUAUCGAGAAGCUUUAAAAUGUUGGAUCUUAGAAUGAGAUCUUUCUUCAAGUUGAUGGGUUGCUGUAGUUUACCCUUAAGAGAACUGAGUUCAGCCUUGGAUUCCUGAUUGGGAAAGGUUUGUCCCAUCUAAUCCUUUUUUUGCUCUAUCAUUGGAUAUGAUUUGGUUCAUCAUAAUCCAAUUAAUCUACUGUAUGAAGGGAUCAAACUCAUUAUGCCUUUUAAAUUUCAUUAUCUCAUUUGCUAAGGUCUAGCAAAUAACCUUAAGGGGAAAGCCUGAGUCCUUGGAUGGACAAUUUGAGACUCACUUUUUUGGUUGAGUGUUUUUUUUUUUAUUCAGGGAAUCCACUGCAAGUGGGCCAAUAGUGGUUAUUUAAGUAAAUGAAUGUACAGACUUAAUAUGUGUUAUAAUUAGCUUUUUAAGUAUUGGUACUGAACAUGAUUUCUGCAACAUGCAGCCCUGUACUAUCUGUAACAUGCCUGUCUGCACGCUACCUUACAGUUUACCAACAUGAAUCAGCCUCGUUUUGUCUUCAAGCCCAUUAAAGCCAGUCCACACAUGGCAUAAGGGGAAAGAUCACCAAUCGGCAAACUACCGGUUUCUUGCAAAUAUCACAUUACUGGUCCUAGAAAUCAGAUUACACGAUAUUCCUUGCAAACUGUUCACUAUGCAUGUUUUACAGUACACUGUCUUUCUUUUGUCAGUCAUGUAAUAUGCAUACCUGUAUUUAUAUAUUUUGUUUUAUUUUGUCUCAUGAUAAACUGUACAGACUUUUUUUUGUUAACUUUCACCUGUGAUAGGUUUGCAACAAUGUAAAGAAAUUGUUUGCUCUAGAAAUAAACAGACUAAAAACUGAA